CUGCCCGGGGUCACUGCCCGGGGUCACUGUCCCGGGCACUGCCCACUGUCCCGGGCACUGCCCACUGUCCGGGGCACGGCCCGGGGUCACUGUCCCGGGCACUGCCCAAUGUCCGGGGCACUGCCCGGGGUCACUGUCCGGGGUCACUGUCCGGGGCACUGCCCACUGUCCUGGGCACUGCCCACUGUCUGGGGUCACUGUCCCGGGCACUGCCCACUGUCCGGGGUCACUGUCCCGGGCACUGCCCACUGUCCUGGGCACUGCCCACUGUCUGGGGCCACUGUCCUGGGCACUACCCACUGUCCGGGGCACUGCCCACUGUCCCGGGCACUGCCCACUGUCCCGGGCACUGUCCACUGUCCGGGGCACUGUCCACUGUGCUGGGCACUGCCCACUGUCCGGGGCACUGUCCACUGUCCGGGGUCACUGUCCUGGGCACUGCCCACUGUCCGGGGUCACUGUCCUGGGCACUGCCCACUGUCCGGGGCCACUGUCCUGGGCACUGCCCACUGUCCGGGGCCACUGUCCUGGGCACUGCCCACUGACCAGGAUUACUGACAAGGGCAAUGCCUAUUGACUGGAGUCACUGCCCACUGUCCAGGGGUCACUGUCCGGGUUCACUGUCCAGGGGUCACUGUCCGGGGUCACUGUCCAGGGAUCACUGUCCAGGGAUCACUGUCCGGGGUCACUGUCCAGGGGUCACUGUCCGGGGUCACUGUCCAGGGUCACUGUCCAGGGGUCACUGUCCAGGGUCACUGUCCAGGGGUCACUGUCCGGGGUCCCUGUCCAGGGGUCACUGUCUAGGGAUCACUGUCCGGGGUCACUGCCCAGGGUCACUGUCCCGGGAUCACUGUCGAGGGGUCACUGUCCCGGGAUCACUGUCGAGGGGUCACUGCCCGGGGUCACUGCCCAGGGUCACUGCCCAGGGUCACUGCCCAGGGUCACUGUCCAGGGGUCACAGCCCGGGAUCACUGCCCGGGGUCACUGCCCGGGGUCACUGCCCAGGGUCACUGUCCGGGGUCACUGCCCAGGGUCACUGUCCAGGGGUCACUGCCCAGGGUCACAGCCGGGAUCACUGCCCGGGGUCACUGCCCGGGGUCACUGUCGAGGGGUCACUGUUGAGGGGUCACUGUCGAGUGGUCACUGUCCGGGGUCACUGUCAAGGGGUCACUGUCCGGGGUCACUGCCCAGGGUCACUGUCCAGGGGUCACUGCCCGGGAUCACUGUCCGGGAUCACUGUCCGGGAUCACUGUCCGGGGUCACUGUCGAGGGGUCACUGUCGACGGGUCACUGCCCGGGGUCACUGCCCGGGGUCACUGUCAAGGGGUCACUGUCGAGUGGUCACUGCCCGGGGUCACUGUCCGGGGUCACUGUCAAGGGGUCACUGUCCGGGGUCACUAUCGAGGGGUCACUGCCCGGGGUCACUGUCCGGGGUCACUGUCCAGGGUCACUGUCCAGGGUCACUGUCCGGGAUCACUGCCUGGGGUCACUGCCCGGUUCACUGUCCAGGGUCACUGCCCGAGGUCACUGCCCAGGAUUACUGUCCAGGGGUCACUGUCGAGGGGUCACUGCCCGGGAUCACUGUCCGGGGUCACUGUCGAGGGGUCACUGUCCGGGGUCACUGUCCAGGGGUCACUGCCCAGGGUCACUGUCCAGGGGUCACUGCCCGGGGUCACUAUCGAGGGGUCUCUGUCCGGGGUCACUGUCGAGGGGUCACUGUCGAGGGGUCACUGCCCGGGGUCACAGUCCGGGGUCACUGUCGAGGGGUCACUGCCCGGGAUCACUGUCCAGGGUCACUGUCCGGGGUCACUGUCCGGGGUCACUGUCCAGUGUCACUGUCCGGGAUCACUGCCUGGGGUCACUGCCUGGGGUCACUGCCCGGGGUCACUGCCCGGGGUCACUGUCCGGGGUCACUGUCCAGGGUCACUGUCCGGGAUCACUGCCUGGGGUCACUGCCCGGGGUCACUGCCCGGUUCACUGUCCAGGGUCACUGCCCAAGGUCACUGCCCAGGAUUACUGUCCAGGGGUCACUGUCCAGGGGUCACUGCCCGGGGUCACUGUCCGGGAUCGCUGCCCGGGGUCACUGCCCGGGAUCGCUGCCCGGGGUCACUGUCCAGGGGUCACUGUCCGGGGUCACUGUCCGGGGUCACUGUCCGAGAUCACUGACCGGGGUCACUCUGGGGUCACUGCCCACUGUCCGGUGUCACUGUCCGGAGUCACUGUCCACUGUCUGUGGUCACUAUUCGGGGUCACUGUCCGAGGUCAUUGCCCCGGGUCACUGUCCAGGGUCACUGCCCGGGGUCACUCAUCACUGUCCGGAGUCACUGUCCGAGGUCACUAUCCGGGGUCACUGCCCGGGGUCACUCACCACUGUCCGAGGUCACUAUCCGGGGUCACUGCCUGGGGUCACUGCCCACUAUCCGGGGUCACUGUCCACUGUCCAGGGUCACUGCCCACUGUCCGGGGUCACUGUCCGAGGUCACUAUCCGGGGUCACUGCCUGGGGUCACUGCCCACUAUCCGGGGUCACUGUCUAGGGUCACUGCCCACUGUCCGGGGUCACUGCCCACUGUCCGAGGUCACUGCCCAGGAUCACUGUUUGGGGUCACUGCCCACUGCCCAAGAUCACUGCCCACUAUCCGGGGUCGCUGCCCGGGGUCACUCACCACUGUCCGAGGUCAUUGUCCGGGGUCACUGUCCACUGUCCGGGGUCACUGUGAACUGUACGGGGUCACUAUCCGGGGUCACUCACCACUGUCCGGGGUCACUGUCCAAGGUCACUGCCCACUGUCCGGGGUCACUGUGCACUGUCCGGGGUCACUGUGCGGGGUCACUAUCCGGGGUCACUGUCCACUGUCCGGGGUCACUGUGCACUGUCCGGGGUCACUGUCCAAGGUCACUGCCCACUGUCCGGGGUCACUGUGCACUGUCCGGGGUCACUGCGUGGGGUCACUAUCCGGGGUCACUGUCCACUGUCCGGGGUCACUGCCCACUGUUCGGGGUCACUGUUCACUGUCCGGGGUCACUGUCCAGGGUCACUGUCCGAGAACACUGUCUGGGGUCACUGUCUGGGGUCACUGUCCGAAAACACUGUCCGGGGUCACUGUCCAGGGUCACUGUCCGAGAACACUGUCUGGGGUCACUGUCCAGGGUCACUGUCCGAGAACACUGUCCGGGGUCACUGUCCGGGGUCACUGUCCAGGGUCACUGUCCGAGAACACUGUCUGGGGUCACUGUCCGGGGUCACUGUCUGGGGUCACUGUCCGGGGUCACUGUCCGAGAACACUGUCUGAGGUCACUGUCCGGGGUCACUGCCCAGGGUCACUGCCCGAUGUCACUGUCCGGGACCACUGUCCGAGGUCACUGUCCGAAGUCACUGCCCGGAAGUCACUGCCCGGAAGUCGCUGUCCAAGGUCACUGUCCGGGGUCACUGUCCAGGGUCAUUGUCCAAGGUCACUGUCCGAGAUCACUGUCCGGGGUCACUGCCCAGGGUCAUUGUCCGAGGUCACUGUCCGGGGUCACUGUCCAGGGUCACUGACCGGGGUCACUGCCCGGGGUCACUGUCCAAGGUCACUGACCGGGGUCACUGUCCAGAGUCACUGUCCGGGGUGACUGAUUACUGUCCGGGUUCACUGUCCGAGAUCACUGCCCGGGGUCGCUGUCCAAGGUCACUGUCCGGGGUGACUGACCACUGUCCGGGGUCA